AUGUCCGCCCAACAAGACCUGUCGAACACCGAGGAGCAGUAUCGCGCGCUACCCGAGAAGCUGUACACACAUAAACCACUGGACUUUGAUACGGAGGAACAGCGCUUUCUGAUUCUUCACCCCUGCGCCGGUGACAAGAAUGCAGAGGAAAACGUGGUUCGAUGCAGCAUCGAGGUCACGCCAUUGUCCAAAGCUGAGCCUUUCACUGCUGUGAAAAAUAGCAGAGGGUACCGUUUGAUUCAAGAAGUCAUCGACGUGGAUGGCGAAUCCCUCCUGGUGCCCGUGGCCGUGGAAAGAUUUUUGCGCAACUUCAGACACGACCAUGAGCCAGUGCGCCUCUGGAUACGCCACAUCUGCCUGGUAGAGAGCAUGGGCGAAGAGAGCUCUAGGUAUUGGACUAGUCCAUUCCUUGACCGGAUGUACGAGCUUUCGACUGAGGCGGUCGACAUGCACAUCUUCAACACGACCCUGUUGGACAUGGGCACUAUUCAGCAGGCAUUCGAUUCUCGUUACAUACAAUGGCAAAAGGAAUGGCAUGGGACCGUGGAAAUCACUCCUCUGCCCAAAGUCUAUCCUGUACGCGUGGGGCAGAAACAGUCCUUGACGGACCCGGUGGAUCGAUAUCAAUACGUUCCUCUCGAUCCGGUCACCGACGAGAUCCGCCUCAUCGUGUUGCACCCCAGCGAAGAUGAGCAAGCGAGGGUGAAUCUGCACCUGGCUCAUUCACCAGCAAAGUCCGACGUAGGCUACAACGCCAUCUCGUACACUUGGGGAGAAAGACAGCCGAGGGCCGAUAUCGUUGUCACUGGCCAGCUAUUUUCCGUCACCAAGUCUCUCGAGGAGCUAUUGCGCAGGGUCCGCCGCAAGCAGGGAGAGCUUGUCAUGUGGAUCGAUGCGAUAUGCAUAGACCAAGAGAAUGACGCGGAACGCAAUCGACAUCUCCCUCGCAUGGCCGCGGUGUAUGACACGGCCACGUCGGUUCUGGCAUGGCUGGGGGACUCUGACGAGCACACGUCGGAGGCUCUGGGGUUCAUCCCAAAGCUACAGUCUCCGAUGCUCAAUUUGAAUGAGAGAUGGGAGUGGAACAUUGGACAACCUGGCGAGUACCGCCCCGAGGACAUUGCACGCCUCUGCGCGGCGGCUUAUCAGUUUCUCACAAAGCCCUACUUUCACCGUGUAUGGAUCCUGCAGGAGAUAGCGUGGGCGUCCAGUCCAUUUGCCGUCUGCGGUGUCCACGAAGGCUUCAGCUUCUGGCAGAUGGAGACUGCAGCGCGCAAUAUUCAAGACCUGCUGGAGAGAGACCCUCUACUGGCCAGGCAGAUCAGCGAAGCGUUGCCAGAGGAAACCACCGCGGUGCCUGAAGAGCUCGAAUUCAUCCGCAAAAUGUCGUACUUUCGAUUCAUGGUGUCCAAGGGUAAAGCCACCUUCUCCCUGCUGCGCGACACGGUACAGGGCAGAAUCACGGGUGACGUGCCAGGCUACCUCGAGACAGCCAUCAUGGCGCGCGACUUUCAAGCGACGGAUGCGCACGACAAGAUCUUCGCCCUGUGGAAUAUCGCGCAGGACAAGCAAGGCCUCGACUUUACCAUGGAUUAUGCAGACUCGGUCGCCGAGAGCUACGUCAAGUUCACAAAAGCAUGGUGCAAGCAACACAUGUCUCUGGACAUGAUCUGCGCGGCCGAGGGCGAUGAGCGAAGUAGCGCGUUCUACGAGACCGCUCCGUCAUGGUGUCCGGACUGGGCUACCCCUUCCAGCGCCAGCAGCAUGGUCCGGCGGGAGAAAAUGCUUACCAGACUGCAAAUAGCCUCUGACAUCCUGGACGGCAAGCUGUACUGGGCCGACGGUGGUCUGAGCCGCCAGGAUCUCGCGGAGCCCUGGUUUUCGUUCAGCGGCGACGAGUUGCUGUGCACUGGUGUCAUAGUCGAUCAACUCCGUGGCUGGAUCGGGGCGGACUCUGACACGGUCAAGGACAAGUUCGCUGCCUUCUUCCAGGCCGUCAGGGGCUAUUACGAGACGGAGAGCACGAGCCCGUACGGAGACGCGCUACAGGCUCUCUGGGCCAUGUGUCACGGCGACGUGCCCUCCACAUGGCCCGUUCGUGCGGUGGAGGAUGGGUUCCACGAGGCAUACAUCAACAAGUACUACAAGGGCGACCGGAAGACGGCGCGCCACAUCUUCCAAUAUGUCACAGACAUUUCAGCAGACGAGUCGUCCUGCGUGCUCAAGACCGUUCUCCGAGGCAGGACUCUGGGCUUCACCGAAAAGGGGUACAUGUGUCUUCUGCCACACUGGAUCGCGAGGGAGGGUCGGCAGAGGGCGUCCAUUGCUGUCUUGGCUGGAUGCUCUACCCCUGUUCUCUUGGAUCGUUCAGAAGAGGACGGUCACUAUCGAUUCGUUGGGUCCGUCUUUGUCCAGGGCUGGAUGGAGGGAGAGUGGAUCGUGGACAUGAUGGGCGCAGAGAGUGCUGCCUCUUUCUGGCAAUCAAAGCUGGGCGAGGAUAAUAUCAUUCGCAUCCGCUAG